AUGAGAUCAAGGUAUGGUAUACUUGACAACACCUACAAUAGCUUAGGGUUGAAUGGAAGUGAUUUUGUUACAUCAUCCAUCAGUAACUUCAAAGUUACCAAGAUGUAUGUGAGGAAAUCUAACUUGACUCAAGUUCAAAAGGUCAAAGGCAAAGGAUCUCUUGCGAAGUCCAAGAUGAUGUGGAUGCCCAAGAAGAUGAAUGCAGUGAGUAUGUUGGUGUAUACAGCCUUUAAGGCAAGCAACUCUUAUGAUAAAUGGUAUGUUGACAGUGGCUGCACUAGACACAUAACAGGUGAUGGUUCCAAGUUUGUUUCUCUGAAGAAUUUUGAUGGUGGAAAUGUGAUCUUUGGAGAAAAUCAAAAAGCAAAAAUUACAGGUAUCGGCACUGUAAGCAAAACUGAAGAAUUGCUUGAGAUUAAAGAAGUUCUACUUGUUGAAGGCCUCAAACAUAAUCUCUUAAGUGUCAGCCAAUUGUGUGACAAUGGAAAGAAUGUGUACUUUGACAAAUAA